AUGGCCUCUUACAGGAUCGCGGCGCCCGACGAGUAUCUUGCCAUCACUGGCAUGAACGUCAAGAGUGUCAAAAUCACCAAAGCAGCAUGGGUUUGGCCCUUCCAGCGCUGCAUGCGCUUCAGCGUGCAGCCCCACGACUACGCCAUGAACCUGCAGGCCAUGACCAAGGAGAAGCUGCAGUUCCUGCUCCCCGUCGUUUUCACCAUCGGCCCCGACGUCAACCAGCGUGGUGCCAACUCCCGGCGCGACCUUCAUGAGCCUUUCGCCGGUGCCGGCAGCGAGGGCGGCCCAGCGGACGCCGACCACGGCGUGCACGCGCACGACUUCCGCCGCGAGGACCAGGGCGACUCGCUGAUGAAGUUCGCCAUGCUCCUGGCGGAUUCAGGCACCAGCAAGAGCGGGAGCAACCACCAGUUCUUGGAGAACAUUGUCAAGGGCAUUAUCGAGGGUGAGACGCGUGUGCUGGUGUCGAGCAUGACGAUGGAGGAGAUCUUCACGGAGCGGGAGGUCUUCAAGCGCCGCAUCUUCCGCAACAUCCAGAGCGAAUUGGAUCAAUUCGGCCUGAAGAUUUACAACGCUAACGUCAAAGAGCUUAAGGAUGCGCCCAACUCGCUGUACUUUGAGUCGCUCAGCCGCAAGGCCCACGAGGGUGCGGUCAACGAAGCGAGGGUGAACGUCGCCGAGGCGCAACUGCGCGGUAACGUCGGCGAAGCCCAGCGCAAGGGCGAGCAAGAGCGUGAGAUCGCCAAGAUCCACGCCGAGACGGCCGUGCAAAAGACAGAGCGGGAUAUCGAGCGUGCCUCGGCCGAGGCUGUCCUCGCGACGCGCAAGAACGAGCUCAACCGCGACGUCGACAUCUCCCGCAUCGCCGCCACGCGCAAGACCGAAGCCCAGGACGAAGAACUCAAGCGCGAGGUGCAGAUCAAGCGCGCGGCCGCUGAGAUGGAACGUCUCCGCGCUAGCGACGUCGUCAAGGCCACCAUCGCGCGUGAGUCCAAGCAACAGGCCGCCGACGCCAAGGCCUACGAGGUCGAGGCCGAGGCCCGCGCGGACUUUGAGAAACGCAAGCAGACUGCCGAGGCCGGCGUGUACAAGGCCAAGAUCGACACCGACGCGGCCGCGUACAAGACCAAGCAGGACGCCGAAGCGUGGAGCUACGCCACGCUCAAGAACGCCGACGCCAACCUGCAGAAGAAGCUCAAGGAAGCCGAGGCGACCGCCGCCAUGGCCGAUGCCUACGCGCGCAUGAGCCAGGCCUUUGGCGGCCCCGCCGGUCUGCUGCAGUACAUGAUGAUUGAGAAGGGCACCUACGUCGAGAUGGCCAAGGCCAACGCGGAGGCGGUCCGCGGCAUGGCGCCCAAGAUCAGCGUGUGGAACACCGGCGCCGAGGCGGGGGCUUCUUCGUCGGGUGAGGGCAGUGGUGGCCACCCGAGCAACAUUGCGGCGAUGCGCAAUGUGUACCAGAUGCUGCCGCCGCUGAUGACGACUAUCAAUGAGCAGACGGGGAUUACGCUGCCGGAGUGGCAGUUUGGUCGCCUGGCUGGGCAGAUGUCGCAGGUGGAGAGGCAGGCGGGGGAUGUCAAGCCGAAUGGGAAGCGCUAA